AUGUCGGAUUUGGCCAAAAGUGCUUGGGCGUUAGCCAUUGGAUUCAUCCUAUUGGCAACGAUCCAUGCAAUUUUUUUGACCGCACAUGAUCAUCAACUUCAGUUCCCACUUCACAAUAAGAAUCUGCCAUUACAACCUCUUCGGAAACGAGCCAGUCGACAGUUAAAUGUGAAUGCGUCGCAGGACAUUGUGGCUGCCAUUGUUGCUGAAAGCGAUGAAGAGAGUGAAGACGAUGAGGCUCAUCAAAAGGAUAUUGCCGCGGUGAUCCAGCAAGAAAAUCUGUUGCAAAGUCAAGAGAGCACUCGGGCUGGUAUCAGUACUAAUAAUACAGAUGGUCCACAUGCUUUGGCUCCUGUAAAAUGGCAAAACCGCAUUUGUCGCUCUGCUGAGAUUGCUGCACCACAAUGGAGAGUCUGGGGCUCAGAAGCCAAUUGGUAUCGACGAGGAGCAGACAAUGGUUCCAUAUUCGCAACAGUGCUAGUACCAAUUGUGCUAGCUGCAAAGUUUGUACAGACCGUAACGGAUGAACAUUUCUUAUCAACAGGGGUGAAUGGCAUUUAUACUGCCAAAUCUGUUCUGUCAAACAUGGCGUUCUCGCUAAUCUUUGGAACAUCAAUUCUUGUGCACAUGUUACUUCUGAAAGCCUUUGAUCAAAUUGGAACAGGAUCAUCGAAACGUACUCAUCAGCAACAACAACUUUGGCGGAAAAAAUUUAUGGGUGCGACCCGGAGUACGAUCCUUGAUAACAUAGCCUUACCUUCACCAAUGAUGGCCACUUCAACAUCAUUAGCCUCCAUAUCUACUAGCAGCCUAAGUACUAGCACCAAAGUUUCACACCCAAAACCCCAAAAUUCAGCCGUAUCCUCGCCCUCUUCGCCUUCCUCACCCACUCUAUCUGCUGCAUCGUCCACACCAUCCACAGCAGUACAACAACCCUAUGGUCUACAGAAACAAAAAGAGAUUCCGGACCUAUUCAUGUUUUCAGCGGAUCAAUUGCAUCAUCCAAGUUUACUCGUAGGAACCUCCGAGUUUGAAAAGGCUAGCGAUCGUGAAGAGAUCUGGAUCAUUGCUCUGGGCUUUGGGGGUGCUUACAAUUGUCUAGUGGCACUCCUUGCACGACUCAAGUGGCUUCCGGGAUUAGAGGACACUGGAGCCGGAAUGGUGAUGUUGACCCACUCUGUAUUCCAGCUCUUGCUGUUUGGAUUUGCAUACUUUUUCCGACGAUCGUUCACGUUUGGAGAAUUGGUGAUCUUGACUCAAGCCGUUAUGCUCCUGAUCCGCGAGGCAUUGAUCAUGGCGUUUAUAAAGGCACCAUCUAGUCCUGGAACUAUCCUGGAGCAUCCUCAGUUCAUGUUCUUGUUGACACUUGUGGUUGGAAUGCUGCUCAUCGGAGUCCUACUUAUGCCAGCUCUAGUGUGCUGCCGAACGCUUGCACAGAGGCCCGCAAAGGGCACGAGUGCAUCGACACUGCAGAGACGAGAGCUGAAGAAGAAGAUUGCUGCUGGUGUAGUCUAUGCGGGUCUUGUUGCUAUCGUGUUGGGAGUGCUCAUGCCACUGUGUGAGCGUAUCUUGGGCCAGAACCCAUUUGUAUGGGUGAUCGAGUUCCUUCUGAUGAGCCGCAUCUUUUCAUCAUCAGCUCCAGAGCUACUUCAACCGGGUCAAUCUCCAGUAAGCGCUGAGACGAAGGCCAAUCUAUUGGAUAUCAAGUUUGGAUUGGAGACAUUGAUGAGAGCUAGGAUCGGCUGGAGCCGUUUGGCGCUGUGUCUAUACUGGGUCUUGGCGAUCGGUUGUUCCAUUGCAUUCUUUUAUUGGAUCAACACCUCCAUUCGGAGACGAUCCAUCAUGGGUUCACUAAACAAUCGGAGAAAGUUCUAUCAUGCCCUGGCAGUGGUGAUGUUUAUUCCUGGAUAUCUUGCUGAUGAACCAUUCAUGCACAUUGCGUUUUCUGUAGCACUGGCAGCAUUGAUCUUCUUGGAGUACAUUCGCUGCUUCGCAGUUGUGCCAUUCGGAAAAGAGAUUCAUUUGUUCCUGGUUGGGUUUCUGGAUGCUCGCGAUGGAGGACCGAUUAUUCUGAGCCAUUUGUAUUUGCUGAUGGGAUGUGCAGCACCAGUAUGGCUGGCGGAGCAACAUAUCCUGGCGGGAUUAUCGGGCAUCUUUGCGUUGGGAGUAGGGGAUGCGAUGGCAUCGAUUGUUGGGAAACGAUUUGGAAGGCAUCGAUGGCCUGGUACGAUCAAGACUGUUGAGGGAACGGUUGCGUUUGUGGCGAGUAUGAUGGUGGCAGCCGGUGCAGUCUUUGUGGGGAUGUGGUUGAUGAGCUUUGUGUUUGGAGACGGAACAUCGCCUCGAUCGUCCUCCCUUGUUCUAGUAUCGAACAAGGCAAAGCAAUUGUCCUCCUCUUCAAUGCCACCGGCUUCAUUAUUAUCCUUUUCAACUUGGAAUGAUUGGUCGUCAGUAACGUGGUCUGUUUGGGGAAUCGUCCGAUAUGGUAUGGCGGUCUCCGUGGCAGCAAUGCUGGAGGCGGUUUCAGAACAAAACGAUAACUUGGUCAUCCCUGUAACAAUGCUUUCCAUGGUCUGGCUUAUUUGA